AUGGAAAUAAGACAAAACAUUCUCGAAGACACGGAGCUCGAGUCGUGGCUGGUCAUUUGCCACGAUAUAGAAACAGAAGAAAGGUCUCUUCCAGUUUUGAGACUUUUGGAAAGGAGAGAAGGAGACGCCACCACUGUCGAGAUCUUGCUGCGCGGCAAGUCCUUCUACCGCAUUG